CGUAUCAAGCGCCGGCUUUAUUUUCACAUAAUUUUCAUUCCAGCCGUGGUUAUGCACGGCCCGGUAUUUGACAUCGCGAAUUUUCAAACGUGUGACGAGUAAUGAAUUAAUCCGUUAAUGAAUAAAUUUUCGCUGUGAGUCUCGAAUAGGGGAAUACGCUUUUAAUUGUGCAAACACGCGGCGAUCGCGGUGUACAAUUGCCCGCGAUUUCGCGAUUCGCUGAUCAUCGAGAAUAAAAGUUUACGGAUAAGCAAUACAAUUGUUUCUCGGAUAAGCCGAUUCUUUGUAUGCAUACAGCGUCGCAGAAAUACUUUCGUGCAUUCUUGCGCGACCGCUAUCACGCCAAUUCCGCGCGGGAUCGAGUGCGGUUCUCCCUUUACAAGAACCGAGAAUUGCCUUACGUUUCACGGACGUUGUACUCACGUUCUCAGGAGUUGCUGGCAUUUCAAGAAGUGCCGACCUUAACGAAACACCGCGUUCAGUCGAUGCAAAAACCAUGUUGCGAUCAGUGCCAUCACAUGCACUGCUACAUCUUCUGCUUCAGCUCUGCGCGAUGAUGAGUCUCAACGCGUUGCGUACCAAUAGCUUUCCAGACCAUUAUCUGGAACUGGCCAAGCUCGACAUCGACGAGAUUGAGAUUUACCUGUCCAAAUUAGACUUUACGGAUGUGCCUACCGUGAAAAUGAUGAUCGCCGGAUUCAAGUGUCCUAUUUCUGCUCUGCCUUUCGGCGCGUUAAAAUCCGACUGGUCUAGGCUUGUACUGCUUGAAGAAGCACAACCUGAGGGGUCAAUUAUCAAGCAGAAACUCGUCCAACUGAUGCGAAUCUUGAUAAUCGCUUAUUAUCAGAUGGAGGAACGUUUCGACGUGAUUAGCCGCGAUACGCAAGCCUCAAAGAAGUGUCUCAGAGAAGUGCCGACAACCGCAUCAACCGCAAACGAAACGAGCACUCCGCGCGGUUUAAAUGACAGCUAUUUGGCAAACGAAAUCUCAAGUAAUAAUUGGAGCAAUUAUAACUGCUCGAAAAUAAAUCCAAGCGCCGCGAGAACGACGACGAAGAGCUGCUCGAGUUUCAACGACACCGUCAUUCCACCUAACGCUAGUAGUCAUCAGAAUGUUACGUCAUCGACUGAUCUUAACACGAGAGUCAAACCACGUUACUCUAACGCUACAUUUUCCACCGUUGGAUCCAAGAUACUCGGCAACUGUAUGAAGCACCCUUCAAAGGAUUCCGUGCGUAAGCGCUCGAAGGGCGCGCACAACAAGAUCUACGAGAACCUGAAGAACAAGGCGAGAUACAGUCUCGUGACUCGAGGGGGUAAUGAAGUCUACGUGAGGAACCGCACCAGGAUAUCACCGGCGACGAAUGAGUUUUGGCGAUACGUGACGCUCCCUCCACCAGCGCCGUUUAGCAUCCCCAAUGUUGCGCGAGCUUAUCGGGCGCAGAGAUUAAACGCAUCCAGGACGAAUCUCCGGAAAUCGCGGAAACGCGCGAGCUUGGACACCACCCUCUAUGGGGCCUCCGCGUGCUCUCACGACGUCGACAGGAAUAAAGAAGACGCAAGAAAACAUGCGAGCAGCAGCAGCGAUACUUCGACUGAACCUACGGGAAAAACAUGAGUGGAUAUGUCCAUCCGGCCAGGCGGGGGUGGGUUUCGUCGGACGGACAACGGUUGCACGUAUCUUGCGGUGAAUCUCAAUAAAGUUGAUCUUGCUCGACGC